AUGGCCACACCGCUUGACGUCCAAACGCUGCGCCUUGUUUUCGAGUCUCGGCCGGAUAUUCUAGCCAACAUCCAGAGGACUGCCGAUACGCCCGCGCGUACCACGUUAUUCAACGACAUUGCUAGUUUCGUGUACGAACGGCUCGGCUCGGGCGACUCCCAAGACGGACCCGCUUCGAAGAGGAGGCGGAUCGAUACCACGCAAUUACCAACGCACCCGCAACCGAAUGGCCAGGUACACGAGAGGGGGCUGCCGGCCGCCUCGCAGACGGUUGGGUUGAAUGCCGAUGCCGCUGUUGCCGACCCUGUGUUGCUCGAAGUCAAAGACAUCUCGGUUACAGCACCCCAUCGUAAGAAGUACGACAUUUGCUUCACGAAACAGUUUUUGUAUGCUCGUGCCUCGGGGACGUCGGUCCCGGCCCAGGGGGUGGUGUAUCUGUGGAAGGACAUCGAACACGCGUUUUACCUGCCAGUGCCCGACAAAGCCCAAGCACAGUACAACUACGUCCUUCUCCCGCGCGAUAGCUACCUACCGACUGCGAAGCAGGCCAGCACCAACCCGGCCGGUAGACACCAACCGCUGGAGCCGCUUGUCUUCACGAUCCCCGCCACGGCUCCAAAACCCGGGGGCGUUGCGGGCCCCUCAUCCGCCGCGGCCGAGGCGGUUUCGGACACGUACAGCAGUCUGUUCCACUGGGCCUUGACGACCUCGAUGCGUUCGGCUGGCAAUCACUCCUGCCAGCUCGUUGCCUCGGACCCCAAACUGUUCCACAGUGUGGCGCGGCAGCCCCAUCGGCCGAACGAAAAGGCGGUGCAUGUGAAAGCUUUCCGUGGCAGCAAGGACGGCUUCCUUUUCUUCCUCGCCACCGGCAUCUUGUGGGGUUUCAAAAAGCCCAUCAUGUUUCUGCCAUUGGACCGCAUUGUGGCCGUUAGCUACACCAACGUCCUCCGAACGACCUUCAACAUCGUAGUUGAGCUCGACACCGACGUCUCGGGCGAUGCCGAUGUCGUGAUUGAGAAGGAGAUCGAGUUCGGGAUGAUUGACCAGGAGGAUUAUGGUGGAAUCGAUGAGACGUACGUCCGACGUCACGGCCUUGCCGACCGCAGCAUGGCGGAGCAACGCAAGGCGAAAAGGGAGUUGGCCGAGAACAACAAAAAGCCCGUUGCCGGCGAUGAGGUCGCCGCCGAAGAAGGCGACGCGGAUGGCUUAACGGCGCUGGAACGUGCCCAGCGCGAGGCCGAGCAGCAGCUACAGGACGAGGAGGACGAACUAGAAGAGGAUUAUGACCCGGGAAGCGAAGACGAUAGCGAAGGCGAAGGUGGUUCAAGUGGAGAUGACGACGAUGAUGACGACGACGAAGCCCAGGCCGACUACGACGAAGACGAAGAGGAAGAGGAUGACGAGGCAGAGGGCUUGGGGAACUAG